AUGGCCACUGUCGCCGUGGCGGUGGCGCUCCUACUCCUGGCCGUGUCAUCGUCGCCGGCCACCCCCGUGGAGGGCGGCGGCUGGGACAACGCCCACGCCACGUUCUACGGCGACGACAGCGGCGGCGAGACCAUGCAGGGGGCGUGCGGGUACGACAACGUGUUCAGGCAAGGGUACGGGUGGGAGACGACGGCGCUGAGCGUGGCGAUGUUCGCCGGCGGCUGGUCGUGCGGCGGCUGCUACGAGAUACGGUGCCAGGGUAGCAGCGCGUGCCGCGCCGGCGCGGCGGUGGCGGUGACGGCGACCAACCUCUGCCCGGCGAACUACUCCAAGCCGUACGAGAACUGGUGCAACCCGCCGCUGAAGCACUUCGACCUGUCCAAGAAGAUGUUCAUCCGCCUCGUCACCGACUUCCGCGUCGGCAUCGUCCCCGUCGCGUUCCGCCGCGUCCCCUGCGGCGGCAAGUCCGGCGGCGUCCGCUUCGAGAUGAAGGGCAACCUGUGGUGGGUCACCGUGCUCGUGUUCAACGUCGGCGGCGCCGGCGACGUCCGCGCCAUGGCCGUCAGGGGCUCCCGCGACGGCCGGUGGAUGGGCAUGUCGAGGAACUGGGGCAUGAUCUGGAACGGCGACGUCCGGCUCGAAGGCGAGGGGCUCUCGUUCCGCGUCGCCACCAGCGACGGCCGCGCCAUCGUCUUCGGCGACGUCGUGCCGCCGACAUGGACUGUGGGACAGACCUUCCAGGGCAAUGGCCAAUUCUAA